AUGUCGGCCCAUGGUUUCCCACACCAUCCGACAUAUGGAUACCCGGCUGCUCAUCAGCACAGUGUCUUUCUGCAUGCUCCUGUUCCUCCACCAGGGAUGCCGCAACAUCCACUAGCCAACAUGAAACGGAUGGCGCAUAACAUCGGAGGACAAGGUGCACCACAGCAACUAUAUCCUGAUGCGGUGCUCAACCCAACACAACACCCUGGCUUUGUACCAAAUAUUCCAACGCACCAUCGAGCUCCACACCCCUUCGGAUAUCCAGGAGCUCAGAUGCUCCCAAAUCCUCUUCAUCUUCCUCAUGGACCAGGAGCCUCAGCUCAAGGACCAUCACAGCAAGAUGCUGCCAAUCUUCAUCAGCAGCUUUUGGAGAAAAUUAGACAGUUGGAAGCACAGAUUGAAAAGGAGAAGGAGAAAACGAUGAAGCUGAACACAAAAUGGCUGGAUCAGCAACAACGUCAGAUGAGGGACGAGGAAUAUUGGAAUUAUAGGAUUCAACUGAAGCAGUCAGAAGUCCAAGGCUGGCAGCCAUCAAAAACUGAUUCUGAUGAUCCAACAACAGCAAUCGAGCCAGAUCCAAUGCCAACUCCCCAAGACAUCGCAAAAGUCCCAUUUAACAUGAUUGAAUUCAAGGCAAAGAUGAUGAAGUCAGUGUCAAAGGUUAUCAAAACGGAAGUUGCUGAUGAUGGAUGUUAUGGGGUGGAUCCGACGAGAGGAUCAGAAGAUCAAGAGCUUCGGAAUAGUACGUCUGGACCAUUCAAAUUGAGCCACGCGUUAGUUUCAUAUGUUCCAUCAUUAUCAGAAUUGUCAAGAUCGUCAGAGAAGCCAGUGGCAACUGUGGAGCCUAGCAGACCAACAGAACCUGAAGGAUCCGAAAAAUCCAAACUGGAAUCUUCUAGAUCUCUUGGAGAGCAAAUCAAAAUGAAUUCUGUAGAGCCCAGCAGACUAACGGAGCCAGAAAAAUCCGAGAAAGCAGAUCUAGACUUUUCUAGAUCUCUCGAAGAUAAACUAAAUUAUGAUUUUGAUGCUGACUUCUCAACGAUUCCCAGUCGUCCUUCACCUUCCCUUUUGGACCAUCCAAUUCCUCUUGCCGUAGAUGCUGACUUCACGCAAUCAUCAGCUCCCAUUGGUUUUCCAUCUUUCCUUUCGGACCACCCCGAAUUGUCUCCAGAUGCUGCUGAUUCUGACGAUUCCCUUCCACCAAGUCUGUUGUCUCCUGACGCCGAGGUUUCGCACCCCAGCCCAUCAGUUAGACGCCUUCCGGGUCGCCGUCCAGCAUAUCGUCUUCUCAGAGAUGCGGCGAAAAUUUGGAAGCCGCAUGCACAAGAUUUGCCGAAGAAUCUGAAGGCCUUCAAAGAAUAUUUUGCGACUCGGCAGAUUUACAAGAAGACGAUGAAAAUUGCGCCGAUCCUGGAUCCAGGGAGCUUGGAAUAUGCGAAGAGGGUUCAGGAAGCCAAUGCGCACCGUCGGGAGACCCUUGUCCGUGGCGAUCCAGCUUGUGCAUUCGUGAGCUGUCUAUAUGAUGCUUCCAAAGGUCCCAUCCCUCAACUGGUGACGAAGCCUCCACAGGUUUGGAUCUUGUAUGCCUCCUUCCGUCGAGACACUGCGGAUCAAACGAGGGUUCCAACAAAAAAAGAAAUUGGUGAGUUUUGGGUAAAAAUAUUUUUUGAUGACUGGUUCAAAUUUUCAGCCGCCGACUGGAAUCGCAUUUCCGAGCAGCAAGGCAAUGAGUUUUGGGAAUGGAAGCUGAGGACAACGAAGCUCUAUGAUGAGCAUUUGAUGCAAUUGGAAAAGGGGUACAUUUGGGUUCAGCCUGAUGUUCAACCAAGGGGACGGAAAAGAAAGGUGUUGAAUGGAGAGGAGAGAGGAGCUUCGAAGAAAACGAAGGUCCAGCGAGAGCAGAGAGAAUCAGAAGACAGCAAAGACGAUGACGAUGAUGAUUUCAUGACAUGA